AUGGCCAGCUACGACUAUGUCCCCCCCUCGCCCUCACCGCCGCCGCCCGACGGCCGCACCUACCACCAGAAGCAGGCUAGAAUGUCCGAUCUCUUACAUCAGCUACGCCGCAGGGCCAACGACGGGCCGACCGACCGCCACCGCGAGCAGCAGCAGCAGGUGCAGGUGAUUAACUCAGACCAUCUCCAACUGAUCUCACCCGAGGCAGACGGAACUACCAGGAGGACGCUCGUGGUUAUUUGCAAGAAGCCACGUCGUCCAGAAACUCCUUAUCAACGUCCCGAGCACCACGAGCGUUGGAGCAAUCCCCUUCAUCGACGAUCUCCGGCACCGCAAGAAGACGACGACGAUGAAGGGGCCACAAAGGUUGUAUGCCUGACCAAGAUGCUCUCGCCAGGCGACCGCCUCCAGGACAACGGGUUCUACUGGGACUUUCAGGAGGAUGUCACCGAAGAGGCACGCAAGUUCGGUCACCUGGUGAAGGUGGUGAUCCCGCGGCCCAGCCGUGAGGCUGCCCCGGUGGUGGCAGGAGUCGGGAAGGUGUUUCUGGAGUACAUGCACCUCGACGAUGCGGCCUGGUGCAGGGGGAGGUUGGAUGGGAUGUGUUACAACGGAAAGGAGAUCACUGCCGAGUUCUUCCCUCAGGCCAAGUUCGCUGCUGGAGACUACGUACAUUCCAAGCGCAGAAGAAAGAUCUCAGGAAAUUCUCGGAUGGUGCCUAAACCGUGAGUGGCCCGGCCGACAUCAAGGAAGAGCAGCAGUGAUCAGCGGUGUUUCCUUUAUUAGCUGGUAGUAGCAGUUAACUAUAUUUAUUAGGAACUAGGAUGCUAUGCCACCCAGGUCUUUGUUCUGUAUGGUUGGAGGAAAAUGCUGCCCGUAUGUUGAGUAGUAAUUCUUGCCUGAUCUGCUUGUGUCGAAGUCUUGUGGUUCCAUGCUUUGCCUGGUUGCUACUCACGGCAUUUGUUCACAAUUGCAAAGUCGGUUUCAGUUAGAGUUAGUGGGAAUUUGUAGCUCUGAUGUAACGGUAAAAAUAGUUCCUUUGAGGCCACAAUCUGUCACCUCUACGUGGACUGCUACCCAAAUGCAUUCGUGUUGGUUCAGUAAGGAAUUGAUA